AUGGGGAUGGUGAGACAUACCAAUGAGAGCAACCUAGCAGGUUUCAUCCAUUUAGGGUUUUCUGAUUAUCCUCAGUUACAGAAGGUUCUAUUUGUGCUCAUAUUGAUUCUGUAUUUACUAACUAUUUUGGGGAAUACCACCAUCAUUCUGGUUUCUCGUCUGGAACCCAAGCUUCAUAUGCCGAUGUAUUUCUUCCUUUCUCAUCUCUCCUUCCUGUACCGCUGCUUCACCAGCAGUGUUAUUCCCCAGCUCCUGGUAAACCUGUGGGAACCCAUGAAAACUAUCACCUAUGGUGGCUGUGCGGUUCACCUUUACAACUCCCAUGCCCUGGGAUCCACUGAGUGCGUCCUCCUGGCUGUGAUGUCCUGUGACCGCUAUGUGGCUGUCUGCCGCCCUCUCCAUUACACUGUCUUAAUGCAUACCCAUCUCUGCAUGGCCUUGGCGUCUGUGGCAUGGAUCAGUGGAAUAGCCACCACCCCGGUACAGUCCACCCUCACCCUGCAGCUGCCCUUCUGUGGGCAUCGCCAAGUGGAUCAUUUCAUCUGUGAGGUCCCUGUGCUCAUCAAGCUGGCUCGUGUGGACACCACGUUUAACGAGGCUGAGCUUUUUGUGGCUAGUAUCCUUUUCCUUAUAGUGCCUGUCUCAUUCAUCCUGGUCUCCUAUGGCUACAUUGCCCACGCAGUGUUGAGGAUUAAGUCAGCUACCGGGAGACAGAAAGCAUUCGGGACCUGCUUCUCCCACCUGACAGUGGUCGUCAUCUUUUAUGGAACCAUCAUCUUCAUGUAUCUGCAGCCAGCCAAGAGUAGAUCCAGGGACCAGGGAAAGUUUGUUUCUCUCUUCUACACUGUGGUAACCCCCAUACUUAACCCUCUUAUUUAUACCUUGAGGAACAAGGAGGUGAAAGGGGCAUUAAAGAAAGUUCUAGCAAACGCUCUGAGAGUAAAUAUUUUAUGA